CCUAUCACUAGCAACAAACAAGUAAACAUUACUUUUGCUCUAGUCCGUCUGAGGUUGUUUAUUUAUUAUUUAUCCAUGUUAAUUUUAAAAAAUAUGGGCUGAUUUUACGUAUAAAUACAACUCUCAACUGACUUUUCAAGAUGUCUUGUUAAUAUUUGGCGUAAUUCGUCUGAUCUACUGAAACUAUAUGACGUGGACAUGUUAAAAUCUGGGGAAAUAGUUCAUCCAGAUUGGCACAGGACAGCAGAAGGCGAGACACUUCUUCAACAAUUUUACAAUGCUAAAACCACCGGGAGAAAAUUAUUUGGGAUUUUGGAGCAACCAGCAGUCUUUGCCAAAAUGGAGGAAGUUUCCUAUAAAGUGAUUUUCGUUGGGAAAAGCGGAGUGGGCAAAUCGACGAUCAUAGCGAGAUUCGCUGGAAUCUUUUCUGCGCCGAAUUUCAUCGAGACAUCCGGCAUCAGAGUCACAAAUGUUUACUGGCCGGUUAAAAUAUGGGAUAAAAUUAUACUAUUUAAAUUGCAAUGCUGGGAUGCCGGAAGCAACAGCCUGAAGAAAUACAGUCAUAUAUCUACUGCAUGCCAUGACAAAGCUGACCUUAAAAUAUCAGUCUUUUCAUACAAUGAUGCAAAUUCGUUUUAUGAAAUGUCAACCAGUCUCGCCAGCUUACAAUCUAACGAUGACAUAAACCAACCUGCAUUAAUGGUGAUUGGAACAAGAAUUUCUCCAAAAAUUGAAGUGCCUCAAUGUAACAUUUGGGAUUUUGAAACAAAUUCCAAAAUCAAAAUUUUAUCGAUGCCAUCGCUUUCAAAUACUACAAACAACGAGGUGAAUAAAAUGGCACCUUUACUUAAUUCUAUUUGUGAGAAACUGUGGAUCAGAGAUCAACAGUACAUAAUGAAAGCUGGGGCUGUGAUAUGACUGGUUUUGAGUGCAUGUGAUGAAUCACAUAUGAGGCGUAUGUGUAUGUAAUUUUAUUUUUAUCUUAAAUAAUCAUGAAACUGAUUUGAUUUAAUAGUGAAUAAAAUUAAAAUGUGAAAUUGUUACAGUAUUCAUAUA